AUGGGCAGAGAUAUUGAAAAGAUGAAAGAUAAACAUGUAUAUCCAUUUUAUCUUAACUGAAGGGAUCUUCAAGCAAAAAGAAUAAAAAAGACAAAAAGGAAAAGAAGGAAAAACAUAAGAAAAAGGACAAGAAAUAGAAAAAGGAGGGUUAAAAGUAAAAAUAAUAAAAGAAAAACCAAUGGGGAAAAUAUGGUACAAUAAGGUUAUAUAAUAUCAUUAUUAAAGCAAUACAGACAUGUAUUUAAAACGUGAGGAGUUUUUGAUGUGGCUAUCAGAUGUUAAAAUGCUAAAUAUUGAAGCAAUCACACCUUAGGAAGAGAAGAAAUUUUUUGAAGAAUAUGUUGAAUGUUAUAAUACAGCGACCUUUCCAUCUAAGAAAUUUUAUAAUUUCAAGUUUUGGUUUGAGAAAGAAUAACUUAAAGAACAUUUGUAAUAAGCAGAGAUUGAAAUGCUCACUUUUGAUGAUGAAAAAGAAAAAUAGUAUAUUAAUUGUUUAUUAAAUUUUUAAUAGGAAAGAACAAUAGGAAUAAAAGGAAUUGAUUAAAAAAUAAAAAUUAUAAAGAGAAUAUUAACAUCUUCAUGAAUUUUAGAAUAUUGUAAUAAAUUGAGUAUUUAUUAAGGCACAAGACAUGCAAAAAUAGAAACAACUUUAAGAACUCUUGAGACAUUAUUUGUAGAUGGGUAAUCAUGAGGCUGCUGUAAAAAUUUAAAAGUAACUUAAUCCUAUCCAUACUAUCGAUAUGAAUCAAAUCUAAUAAUAACCACCAAUUGACUUUGACUAUGAUUAUGAUAAUUUCUGA